AGGCAAGAGGGGCCUGUGACCCAGAUGCCGCCUCCCCCUUUCCCCCCAACCCCCGGCCGCGCCGCGUGGGAGGCGACAGCAGCUGCGGGCCAGGCAGAGGGCGGGCGGCCGGCGCGCCGGCCCGUGGGAAGCGGCGGCAUCUACUCUUUCCACGCUCCUUCCCAGCGGCUCCCUCUGAAACCCAACCCGCCCGGCCCCGGCCCCAGCCCGGCCACUGCAGGCCCGUGCCCUCCGCCGGCCCGCCUCCGGAAUCGGGUUGCAGGACCCAGCAGCCACGCCACAGUUCGCGGUUCCCCGACGGCCGCAAGAGAAGAGGGACAAGGGGCGACCAGCCAGAUGGCCAGACCGCUGUCCUCUCCCAGCCCUUCGCAGAUGCAAGCCAGGAAGAAACGCAGAGGGAUCAUAGAGAAACGGCGUCGAGAUCGCAUAAACAGCAGCCUUUCUGAAUUGCGGCGCUUAGUCCCCACUGCCUUUGAGAAACAGGGUUCUUCCAAGCUGGAGAAAGCUGAGGUCUUGCAGAUGACGGUGGAUCACUUGAAAAUGCUCCAUGCCACUGGUGGGACAGGAUUCUUUGAUGCCCGAGCCCUGGCAGUUGACUUCAGGAGCAUUGGUUUUCGCGAGUGCCUCACUGAGGUCAUCAGGUACCUGGGGGUCCUGGAAGGGCCCAGCAGCCGAGCAGACCCUGUCCGGAUUCGCCUUCUCUCCCACCUCAACAGCUACGCGGCUGAGAUGGAGCCUUCGCCCACGCCUGCUGGCCCCCUGGCUUUCCCUGCUUGGCCCUGGUCUUUCUUCCAUAGUUGUCCAGGGCUGCCAGCCCUGAGCAACCAGCUCACCAUCCUGGGAAGUGUGCCUGGUCCUGUCCUCCCCAGCACCUCCUCUCCUGCUUACCCCAUCCCAGCCCUCCGAACCACACCCAUUCGCAGGGCCACUGGUACCAUCCUGCCUGCCCGGAGGAAUUUAUUGCCCAGUCGAGGGGCAUCUUCCACCCAGAGGGCCCGCCCCCCAGAGAGGCCAGCUGCCCCUCUUCCCAUGGCCUCCAGCAGCAGGGCUGCCAGGAGCAGCCACACCGUUCCCCUCCUGCAGUCCUCCUCCCCAAGACCCCCUGGUGCUGUGGGCUCCGCAGCUUAUGUGGCUGUGCCAGUCUCCAGUCCAUCUCCCACAGGGCCAGCUGGGAGGCCUGCAGGUGCUGUGCUCUACCACUCCUGGGUCUCUGAAAUCACUGAAAUUGGAGCUUUCUGAGCUUACUCCCCCACCCCCAGGCUCCCAGGAUCACAAGAAAGGUUCUUAUUUCAGAAGCUCUAAAAACGAUGCAGCCUCUUCUGCUUUGCUUCCCGGAUGGGCUUCUAUGUGAAAGCACCUUCCUCACCCACCAGAAGCUCUCUCCUCCUCACCGCUCAGCCCAGCCUGUCCACUCGGCUCCCAUGGACCCUUCUGAUCUCAGAGGCUCCGUCCCGUUUCUCACCUGCACAGAUGAGUCAUAGUGCCUCAUGAGCCCCUAAGAGCUGUGCCCAGCCCCCUCUCCUGCCCAGUAUUCAUGAACCAUGGGUCUGGGGUGGAAGCUUGAACCAUGAAGCUUGCCAUGGUCCAAGGCUGGCUGCCUCUAUGGAGAGGUCAGACCCUAGUCAGGAACAGUGACUGGCUGUAGCCAUCCUAGACCAAGGAACUGGAACAUACUGUCUGUCUCAUUUCCUGGAGAUGGUAACUGAGCAGAGGCCAUUAAGAGGUCUCUUGGGCACCCUGUCUGCCCCUGCCUACCCCAUCACCGUGAACCACAGGACAAAACCAUUCUCUAUUACAACCAAGCCUGGAUGAUGGAAGCCCAGCAGGUCCUGCUCUACUUCCCUCCAGCUGCAGACACCCACUGUCCUUGAGACUAAGAGUUCCCUGCUCACAUCUGGCUCAAAAAGCCAGGCCAGGGGGCUUCUGAGCAGUGGCAAAGCUCUGUGACAGGGUGUCCUCACUGCCAGGCAGGAGUCAGGAUUGAGGAAUAGAGAACCCAGCUCCUGGGUGUGUGGUCUUUCCCCAUGGGGACACAGUGUGGAAGGACCACGUGAUGGCACCCAGAGAGGCAUCCUCUUGGGAUUCAGCACCAGACGUCUGAGCCGCCUGGUUUGCAUCCGGCUCAGAGAGCCCAGACUGCUGCCACAGCCAAGGGCUGUCAGACUGAACAAAAAUAACCGUGAGGAGGGGCAGAAGGAAGAACACUCAGAGGCAUCUGGGCCCUUCAAGGUCACGCAGGGGGUCAAAGGCCUGAGAGCCUGUUCACCCAGAUUCCACACAGCUGGCUCUGCUCAGAGGCAGCUCCCAUUCCCCAGCUCUGCCUUGGGCCAUUUUCCUCUAACAGAAGGAAUAAAUGGCCCAGCGACCCUUCCCAGAGGAACAGCAGACUGAACCUGCUUUCAGGAUUGCCAUAUCAGUUGAUAAAGUGCAGAAACACUUCUGAACUUGUUGGUAAACAACUGCUUCCCACGAGUGCCUCCCUGGCAUUUCCCCAGGACCUCCAUGAUCUGGUUAAUGCCUGACAGACCCAAGGCUGUGGGGUCCUGGAGCUGGCAAUUCACUGGUGUGCAUGUCAUACUGGUUAUUAAAUAUUUUGAUGUCCCCUGCACCCUGGGGUAAGAUUCUCUCACCCCCAGCCUUUGAUGGAACCACCUUCCCCAGAGGCUGCAUUGAGCAGGCUCCAUCAAUAGAGUUUUCAGAAACCAUGGAGGCAAAGGGCCCUUUCAGAGCAGUGGGGCAGAGAUCAAUUUGAGUGACCAGAAAGCUCUUUUGAAAAGAGAAAUUCCUCAAGGAGGGAGAAAGAGGUAAGUACUUCUUUUACUGCUAAGCAGAGCUAGUUUGAUGAGGUUGCCGUCCUGUGGCAACCUCUGAGAAGUGCUUCAGCCAGGAGAGGUGACAUUGCAGAGAGAGGCCCACUGGCAGGGGAUGUGCCAGAGGAAGAUGGAUAGAGAGAAGGCAGGUCAGAUCCACAGGCUCCCAAAAGUGGGGAGAGGGGAACAGAGAGGGUGACAGAGGCAAAGACCAGACUUAGAUUUCUCACAAGGGGCAAACUCAGGAUGGGAAGAACUCCCCAGCUCCUCCCUCAACACUUCCCUACUUCUCCAUCUCCCCCUCCUUGCUCUCCUGCUGCUCCCAGGAUGCUAGGACCAUCUUUAGCAUCCAACCCAGCAUUCACUGCUACCUGGGCUGUGGGAAACACAUUUCCAUGUUGCAGGUACCCAGCUCUAAACAGUGCAUCACCACCACAGAAAUGAAGUGGAAAUGGCCUGGCGCUUUGAGCAUCUUGGGCCUUAAGUUCAUUCUCCUCAGGAGAUUGUGGGAAAGUGGUUGUGUGUUCCCAUGGCUGGGGAGUGGGAUCCUUUUUUUUUUUUUUCCCUAUUCCCAAGCUUUCCAGGUGCCCCAACUCCCCCCUCACCCCGCCCCACUGUGGGGGUGUUGUAGACAGCCAAUAGAGUUUUUGAGUUUUUUGAGAAAACUCCAAUAGACUCUUAAAUGUCUCUGGAGUCUGUCCACUUCUGUCUGGACCUGUUGCCACCACCCUGGCAUGGCCACAUCACCUCUCCCCCAGAUCACUGUCCCAAUCCACAAAGUCUCUUCCCUUCCCUCUUACCUUGUCUGACAGUUCUCAACAGCAACCAGAGAGAAUCUGAAUACACAGAUCACAUUGUAUUACCCCUGGUCCAAACUCUUCUUCUGAUACCCUGUUAUAUAUUUUUUUCUUGGGGGGGGGGUACUGGUCAUUGAACCCAGGGUACUCUACUACUGAGCUAUAUCCCUAGCCUGUAUUGGUUUUUUUUUUUUUUUUUUUUUUUGUUUGUUUGUUUGUUUGUUUGUUUUUUGAGGCAGGGUCUUGCUGAGUUGCUGAGACUGGCUAUGUCUGGCUGUUACAUGGUUAUUCUAAAGAUAAAAUCCAAACUCUUUCUCUCUUGGUCUGGUCCCAACCCCACUUCCAGCCUCAUUUUUCUUUAGUCCAAAACUUGCUCCUGGAUUCUGGCCCCAACCUGCCUUCAUUUCCUCAACAUAGCAAUCUCACUCCCAUUUCCAGGACUUUGUGUAUGCUGUUCUCUUUUUCGCAGAAUGCUCUUCCCUACCCUUUGCAGGGCCAAGUUCUUCAGACCCUUGACUUCAAUAUCACCUCCUGAGAGAGGCCUUCCCUGACUACUGGGCUUGAAUAGUUAAUUGACUAUUGUUUACCUUUAUGUGGAGAUGUAUAAUCACAUACCUUGUUAGUUAACUGUUGCCUCCACUGGAAUGUAAGCUUCAUGACACCAGGGACUACAUGGUCUGCUCUCCACUCUGUACCCAAGACCCAGACCUAUGCCUGCCUUAUUGGUGGUGCCCGUGAAUCUUUGUUGAAUAAAUGAAUUAAGGAGGUGCAAAGCCUGUUCUCAUGCUGUGGAUGGUACAGGCUGCCCUAGGGGUAACCCCCAUGACUGGCUAACUUUGGGGAUAGGCAGGAGACAAAGGAAGAGCCAGGGCCAAGGGACUGGAAGUCAUGGCAAAAUGGUCAGGAGGCCCUGGCGGGCAUGAGCAUGUCCACUCUGGAGUAUAUGCUGUCAGGCAGGCUGUCUCUGCCAGCAGGUAUUGUUCUCCACUCUUGGCUUGACUCCUCGCUGGAGUUGGCUCCCAACAAAUCCAACAAACAUUCAUGGAGGUCUGCUCCAUGCCAACCAGGCCUGGCAGAGCCAAAGGUGACAGGGACACUGUUGCUCUUGGGUGUGGGGAAUAGUGUAUUCUCAGGUGUGAGUUGGUGAGGUGGGAGUGGAGAGGCCCAUGGAGUAGGCUGAGAGCUACAGAGUGGCGGUAUGUGCCUCUGCCUAGAGAGGUCACGGGGAAGGGGCACAAGGAAGCCUUCCCAGAGGAGCAGGAAGGGAAGCUUCCCAUCAGCAGAGUGACCCCUUAGGUGGAAAGUCAGAGAGGCUCAUACAGGGGAGGGAGCUGUAGAGCGGCUCUAGGUUGAAUGCAGAUCCUCAGGGGCAAGCUUGGGCACUGAAGCCUGACUUCCUUAUUAGACCUUUAUUAAUGAGUUGUAGCCAUGGGCAAAUUCCUUAACCUCCUUGAACUUCAACUUUCUCAUCUGUAAAACAGGGAUGAUGGACUAAUGGCUACUGUUAGUUGAAUGGUAACUUUAAUUUUUUUUUCAUUUGUUUUAAUUAGUUACACAUGACAUUACAAUGAUCUUGACUUAUCAUACAUUUGAAUCAGAUGGGAUAUAAUUUCUCAUUUUUCUGAGUGUACAGGUUGCAGAAUUACAUUGGUCAUGCAGUCACGUAAAAGGUAACUUUAGUUAGACACUGUUCCCAGUGCUUUUUUUUUUUUAGAUUGUCCCCGUUUUGAGCAGGGAAGUGCUGGGAAGUGUUAUUAGCCAACUUAAGUUGUUAUGUUGUAUAUCGUGUGUAUGUAUGGAUAUGUAACAACAAAUCACAGCAGUGUGUACAAAUAUAAUGCACCAAUAAAAAAUGUGGGGAAAAUAAAAUAUCCCCAUUUUACAGGUGAGAAAACUGAGCUACGGCAUGGUGCCUGUGGUUAGGUGUGAAUGGAAUGAGACAACACAUGUAAAGUCCUCCGUGUAGUGCCUGGGUCGUGCAACAAUCAAUCUAUAUCAUUAAUAUCUUUAAUGAAAGGAUGUUGUGUCCAAAUUGUAAACAUCCUCAAGUGUUCUGCUGAGUCAGGGAGCAACAGGAGGCACAGAAUGUUUUUCCAGGUGUCUGUCAAGAUUGGAUUUUAAGAAACUUGAGCUCGGUGUGGUAGGACACAUCUGUAAUCCCACAGAGGCUGAGGCAGGAGGACCACAGUUCAAAUCCAUCCUGAGCAACUUAGUGAGACCCUGCCUCAAAAUAAAAAAAAAUUAAGAGUUGAAAUAUAGGGGCUGGCGUAGUAGCUCAGCGGUAGAGUGCCCUCCUAGCACGUGCGACGCCCUAGGUUCGAUCCUCAGCACCACAUAAAAAUGAAUAGCUUAAUAAAAUAAAGGUAUUGUGUCCAUCAACAACUAAAAAAAAACAACAACGAGUUGGAAUGUAGCUCAGUGGUGAAGCGCUUGCCUAGUGCACAUAAGGCACUGGGUUCAAUCCACAGUACUAAAAUAAAAGUCAGAAUUUCUUUUCUAGUUAAGGUGGAUUUCCAUUCGUUAGGUGAACUGGAUUCUGGCUUAUGAUCCUGAAAAAAGGCUUUCUGAGGAUCAAAGCAAAAAACAGAUUUCCACCAGGGUAUCUCUGUCUUCCUAGUCCCUGGCUCAUAGUAGAUACUUAAGAAAUGUUAUGUAUUGUUAGGGUUUGAGUAUGGCUGGUCUCCACAAAGGUUGUGAUUAAAGGCUUGGUCAUCAGGGAGCUGCUGUUGGGAGGUGCACCCUUAAGAGGUGGGGUUUAGUAGGAAGUCCCAAGGUCACUGGAGGUGUGCCUUCAGAGGGGAUUGUGGGACAACAGUCUCUCUCUCAGCAGUGAGAGGUGUGACCACCUGCUCUAUUCAAGCUCCUGCCAUGGUUCGUCAUCAUCCACACCCUUACCAGAGGCCAACUCAGUGUGCCUCCCUCCCUACCUCCCCAUGCUUCCUGAUCUUGGACCUUGAGCAUCCAAAACUGUGAGCCUAAUAAAACCUCUUUCUCAUGA